AAAUUUGUCUGCUUCUUUUUAUUUUGAGUUUGUUGCAGUUUUUCGUUUUUCUUAUCAUGUUUACACAUUGUUAUCGUUCGAUUUGAUAAAUUAGUAGUGAAAGUUUAUCGCUACUAAACCGAACUCAGUGCAAAUUCUUAAUGAUCACCAUUCUAGUCUGUAGUUCAAAAUAUUUUUUGUGACUCCAAUUAUCGUAACAACAAUAGACUACUGCCAUGGAAACUCUUGCAAUCAAGUUGAUUGAAGGUCUGUUGGAGGAACUGUCGAGGACAAAAUCACUUUCAGUUUCCUUAGCUGGACCAUUAAAAGAUUCAGCCACUGUUGCUUUGCCAACCUUCCUUGGUGGCUUAGCUGGUGGUCCUCUUGGAGCUGUCAUUGGAGCUGUCGCAGGCACAGGAAUCCUAGGUUUAUCACACGCUAUGGGAUAUGGCAAUUACAAACCUCUGAUGACAGCUUUAAGAGAGGACUUUACGGUAGAAGAGAGGAACAAUUUGUAUGAAAGACUAUGGGGAAGACUGAGUGGAUUUGUAGUCUGCCCUUUGAAUCAAGCCAUGGCUUAUUCAGCUCUAACUGAAUUGAGCAGAACUGUAGAGAAUAAUCCAGAAGUGAUGGAAAAUAUCAGAAAUGAGCUCAAAGAAACCCUCAGCAAAAAGAAUAUGAGUUUGGCCUAAAAAUGAAAUAAUUACUAUUUACUGUAGUUUUUAGAUGCCCCUUAUAAUUGAACUGCCCCUUUGAUUUGUGAUAUUGCAAGAGCUAAAAUCAUAUUAAAUAAUGAAUUUUUUGACACACAAUUUAUGCAACCAACAAUAAUUGUUUGAGAGUUUUGGCGCAUUAUUAAAUACACUAAGUGCAUCACCAAUUCAAGGGGAACUGUUUUUUAAGUUUUAGUUUAGUUUGACCUGAUGCAUAUCAUACGAAAAUCCAGUAAUUCUACCUAUUAGAUUAUACUUCCUUUAUUUAAUAAUGAACACCUUUAAUUUCUUCAAAUUCUCUUAUUUCGCAAUUCCCAAAUUUCAUUUCCUUAUCACGACUACUGAAUUGGGUUUUUCCCGAACAGUUUAUCUAAACAAAUGUCACAGUUCGGAUUUCGUUCAUUAGAUGGGUCUGCUUUCAGAGGUGAUGUCAGUAUCCAAGGCGCUAAGACUACCUAUAUUAUGAAGAAGUUUCCCCGCGAGCAAACUGUUGAGAGCAGUGGCUCAAAAGGCAGUGUACACGGUCACGGUUAUCUGUACAGUUCUCAAGGUUAUUAUCUUUUCGUCUGUUUGAUGUUCUGACGUUUGUUAGUGGCCAAGUGCGCAAAACACAUGAAAGUAAAAUUCCCCGUGCUUAGAAACAAGUAAGAAUUUCACGUAGUGAUUAGUUCGAUAUAAGAGAGUCCACUCUGGUCAUUUUCCUGUUGCAUUUUUACAUGCAAUCUCCAACAAGAGGAAAAUGUUUGAUUCAGUGGAAUCCGAUGCAACUCUCUUGUUGGAUGACUUUCGAAGUCCCCAAGGGAAGAUUGCAGACUCACUGUCUUUGAUUGAAAAUACCUUGGAGUGGUAUGACCACAUCUCUUGUGCAUUUCUUCUCUACGAGGACCCUCGCGAAGCCCUAGAAAAGAUUUCAACACUGCGAGAAAGUUACAACAAUAAAACAGAAUGGCGUCAAAUUGUUUUGACUCCGCUUUUCCGAUCGGACCGGCUAAACAGUGGCAACCUGUCGGAAAAACUCGGCGAAGUCAUUUUCUUGGUCAAACAUUACGGGCUGUUGAACAUGCUGGAAAUCGCCGUCAACUCGACAGCCAACAUUGAUCCUCUACGACUGCAAUUGUUUGAGAUGAUUGACAAAAUGGGCGAAGAACAAGCUACAUUGUGGGCUGAUCAAAUGUCUUCUGAGAAGGGAUUUCCUAAGAAUGAUUCCUCCUGGUGCCUCGAAAUGCACUGCCUCAGAUGGAUCGAAGAAGGACAAAUAUCCAAAGAACAUGAUCUUUCAGCCCUUUUGAUAGAACCUCCAACCGAGGUUGUCGUCGUUCCAGAAACACCCGAACAAGUUUUACCUUCUCCACUUAAAAAUGCCGUGGAAUCAAAUUUUCAAACUCCUGCCAUCCCCAAAGCCAAUCCGGCCGAUUCCAGCACAUUUCAAAUUUCGCGCGGACUUUGCGUCAUCGUCAAUCAGAUGAGAUUUUACGUCAAUCCGGAGCUCCUUCACAUGGGAGUGAGGGAGAAUCUUGCCUAUCGCUACGGAUCGGAUGCCGAUCGAGACAAGUUGUCGGAAACGUUCCGGAUGCUGGGCCACGACGUGGAAAUUUACGAAAACUUGACCAGAGAAAACCUUUUGAGGACGAUGGAGAAGAUUUCCAAAUACGAUUUCAGGCUUUACGACUGUCUCGUCAUAUGUUUCUUAACCCACGGCGAACGGGGAAUUCUUUUCUCGGCAGAUUCCAUUCCAAUCGAAUUAGAUCAAAUUAAAUCGUAUUUCAACGGAGCUAAUUGCCCCCAUCUGUUCGAGAAACCCAAAUUGUUUUUCCUGCAAGCCUGCCAAGGGCAAGAAAGUCAAAGGCGGAUUACUUACGACGAAAUUCAAGAUGACAGUAUUGUUCGACCGUCCAUUUCCAAUUUUUUCGAAGCGUGGGCUACUGUUCCAGGAUUUCUUUCAUACCGUUCAACCUACAAAGGUGCUGUGUUUGUUCGCGAAUUGUGCCACGUCUUACAGAUGUACGCGCACAUACCCAGUUUCGGAUUGUUUGAUCUGACAACCAAGGUGAACGACCGCGUCAGUCGAUGGGAAACGCCAGGUUUUAAAGUACAAAUGCCUUGCAUCGUAUCCUGCCUGACACGUGGAGUCCAUUUCAAGCGGGAUGAAGAUAAGCUCGUUGAAGCUGUCGUCGAUCAACUAGAAAGAGAAUUAAUGGAUCUAGCCAUCAUGUCAGCUACACGUUACAUGUGGAAAACAGAUCCUGCUACUCUACAGAAAACCAUAAACACAUGGAGAUCCUAACUUGUGGGACUUCAGCUAAACGCUAGGGUUUCUUACAAUUAAUCUACUGAGAAUUGUAACCAUCUCGAAGUGAUUGCCAAUGGUCUCGAUUUAAAUAUUUCGUGCACUGUGCGACAAUUAUGCGUCAAAGCAUUUAGUAACACAUUUUACGACAACAAAUACAAAAUAAUAUUGUGUA